ACGAAUCCACUUCGGUCAUCUCGACAAGUGCACACAUAAAAACAGCUUCCGAAAAAAGAGGUUUUCUUAUCGACAUAUAAAAGUCUACGAUUUUUCGGUUGGGGUUUAGUUUUGAUUUUACUUCCGGCGAAUAAAUUUUGGAUAAACGAUGAAGAAAUUUCUUUGGAUUAUCGCGUACUCGAUAGUUCUGGUGAAUGUGAAAUGUGAAAGUUAUGGCAAUUCUCUUUUGUAUUAUCCAAGUGCUCCUCAACAACACUUCCAACUCCCCUCUGGAUACUCAGGAUUACAAAAUCAACAGUUCUACAAUGCACCAUUAACACUGGGCAGUAAUAGGUUUAAUGCUGGACAAUAUUCUCAACAGCAGUUUGGAUCAGGAUUUCAAUACCAGCAACCAGUGGAUUAUACUCGAAGCUUCCAGCCUUUCCAAUUUCAGCAGCCUCAGUACCAGCAACAAUUCAAUUCCUUCGGUGCAAAACCGAAUGCGUUUGGUGGGCGCUCAGCACAUCGCUCUCAUCGCUUACAGCAUCUUUACACCAAGGCAAUUCCAUCCAGUUCCUCCAACCAGCAAGCAUCAGUUGCCUCAACUCGGCUCAAACCUGUAGCUCCGACAUUGACCUUGCCAACUCCAUCGUUCCUACGGCAAUCUAGCAAACUUCUAACUCCAGCCGCGGAUAAUUACUUUGCCCCGACUCCUCAGCCAAUUCAGUCUAUUCAAGUGUCUGGCACCAUUGCUUCUGCACCAGCAUUUCCGUCAAUUCCAGCAGCUCCUCCGCUGCCUCCAAUCCCUACUGCUUCUCAAUUUGCAACCAAAUCUCCUAAACAACUCUUCUCGAGCAGUGCAGACUUCUCUAUGACCAGCUCAGUACCUUUUGCUGAAGGACAUUCUAUUGGGAAUAACAUUGCAUAUACCUACAACUCUGGAUUCGGAGCGGCACAACCCCAAACUUUUCUUUCAAGUGCUGGUGAUUUUGCCACUUUAGGUGCUAGUUCCUCCCAACUCCUUACAAAUCAAGGUAUUCAAGGUUACAACUACCAAACUCCCGCUGCCCCAGCAACGGCAUCUUUCAAUGCAAGUCCUUAUUCCUUGGGAGGUUUAGAAUACAGCAACUUAGGAGUUAACAGUGGAGAUCUAUAUGGGAAUGACUUCUCCAAUUUGUUCAGCAAUGUGUUUAAGCGCGAGUCGAAACCUUCAGAUAGUCGACGGCAGGUUCCAACAAAAACGAUAAAAAAAACGGCCAGUUCUUAAGCUAGGACUUUUGAUAUAACUAGGAAUCAAUUUACAAGUAUUUUACGCUGUAAAUGUAGUCUGUAUGUAAUUUUAAGCAAUUAUGUUAAUUAACUUAAUAUAAAAUAUUUAUGCAAUCUAUA